GAAACCUUCAAUGGAGGGUUGCUCUUGUUCACACUGGUGGCACGCCCCAUUCUACCUGGCCAUGUCUGCAACCUUGGCUUUCAUAGCCAUUACAUCGACCGGUCGAUCGACGCCCGACGAUACUCAUCCGGGCUUUGCGCUGGCAUUCAAUGCGUCGAGGGCUCUGCGCCUCCAUGGCGGCUACCACAUAUUUGCAACUCUUCUCCAUAUCUCGCCGGAGCUCUUCUUAUCGAGCCCCGAGUCGACUGUUUUCGCCAUCCAGGACUCGGCCAUUUCCCAUUUGUCAAUCCCGCCUUGGGACAUGCGGCGGCUCCUCCGCUCCCACGCCGCGCCGACUUCCCUGCCCAUGUCGAAACUCUUCAAGAAACCGCCGGGGUACUGCUUCAGGACACUCGUCGACGGCAAGAACUUGGUCAUCACCAACAAGAACGUCAACGCGGGUUCUGUCACAAUCAACAAUGUCCCGAUAACUCACCCGGAUGUGUUUCUUGAAGGCCCCCUUUCCGUGCACGGUGUUCUUGUGCCGUUCGAACCUCUUUCGGAGCCGUACUGCAAUGCUUCUGGUAAAACAAAUCUUGUUGUCUCCGGCCGCGGGAAUCAGACCGUCGACUGGACGAGGAUCAUCCGACUUCUCAGCUCGAACGGAUUUGUUUCUUUCGCAAUUGGAUUGAACACAGUUGUCGACAGGAUCCUUCAAGAUUACAAGAACAUAAGCGCUGUUACUGUCUUUGCUCCUCCGGAUUCCAGCGCAAUGGCGUCGGUCCCGGCCCCAAUUUUGUACAGAUUCGUGAGGCUUCAUAUUGUGCCUCACAGAUUCACAUCCCUGGAACUGUCUGCAGUGGAUAAUACAUCUCUGAAGACACUUAUUCCAGGACUUGAGUUGAAGAUUGGUAAAUUUUCAAAAACUCUGGUAGUUAGUGGUGUGGAAAUUACAGCGCCAGAUAUACGUUCAUCCAAGGAGUUUGUGAUCCAUGGAAUUUCCAGGGAUUUUGAUCUGGAGCAGUUUUUCAGUACAUUCUGGUAGAAGUAUCAAAUUGUUUUGAAGCUUUCAGUUCAACCAUUCCAAACCAUCCCUAUAAAACUACAAAAAAAUUGACAUGGAGUAAGAAGCCUCUUCAUUUGCAAUUCAAGAUUCUCUGGGGUGGAAACUGUCACUGAAAUUGUAUAGCCUAAUUGUUUAUGUUCCACCAAACACUAACAAUGGUAAUAGAAAUGAAGCAGAAUAGAAGAAUAAAUUCAAGA